AUGGGACUAAAUCCAGGUGUCUCUGGUCUUCCUUUAAAUGGUUGGCCUCUGACUGGAAUUGAUCAAUUAAGACAAGGUCUGGGUGUGCCAGUGCAAAAGCCUAAUCUGCAGGCACAAAAUCAAUUUCUUUUGGCAUCUCAACAACAGCAGGUCUUGGCACAGGCUCAAGCACAAAGCAACCUUGUUAACACACCCAAUUUUGGGGACACAGACCCUCGUAGAUUUGGUCAAAUGCCUAGGGCUAAUUUGAAUACAAAAGAUGGCCAAUCUGCUAGAAAUGAUGGAUCCAUAUGCUCUCCUGUCCAGUCAAGUUCUCCAAAGAUGAAGAUGGGUCAAAUGCAGCAUUCUUCAUCCCAACAACAAGAUCAAUUGUCACAGCAGCAGCAACUGCCACAGGGCAAUAGAAAAAGGAAACAACACUCUUCUUCUGGACCAGCUAACAGCACUGGCACGGGAAAUACAGUGGGCCCUUCACCUAACUCACCUCCUUCAACUCACACUCCUGGUGAUGGAGUAA